AUGCCGAACAGGAGUACUGAAGAUGUUAUUUGCAAAGUUGUUGGUAAUAUUAAUGACCUAUUGGCUCGAUUUAAGUACUGUUGCGGAAUAAGUUUGGACAUUACAGGGGCCUUCGACCACGCCUGGUGGCCCCUGGUUUUGUUGUCGCUGCGUGAAGCAAGGGUUCCCCAGAACCUAUACUAUGUGGUAAAGGAUUAUUUAAAGGAGAGAACGGUGAUCUACAACUCUCAUGGGGUGUAUGUCUCCAAACGGCUGAAUAGAGGAUGCCCUCAGGGCUCCAACUCCGGACCUCUGUUCUGGAACCUUGUGUUUGAUCAUUUUCUCUGGGCUGAUAAGGGUCCCGGGGUUAUAGACUUGGCCUACGCGGAUGACACCUUUGUGCUUUUUGGCGCAAACUCAAGGAAGGAGAUUGAGACAACUGGUGAGUGGGUCUUGAACCAUAUUCGAGAGCUGGGCAAUCAGAUCAAACUGACAUUCAAUCCUAAGAAAACUAUGGCCAUUGUUUUUUCAACCGGCCGCUCCCCGUGCUUAUACGGGAGGAAACCCAUUAUCAAAAUGGGAGGUGAAAGCAUUCAAAUUGAAAAACAAAUGAGAUACCUAGGUGUCACACUUGACAACAGGUUAACCUGGCUCCCGCAUGCUGUACGGACUAAGGAUAGUUGUAUCAACCUGUUUAAUGCUCUGGCCAGGGUGGCGAGAGCCACCUGGGGUCUUGGAAGAGAGGCAAUAGAGGUCAUCUAUAGGGGAGCGUUCCUCCCUAGGAUAACGUAUGGUGCGGCGGCUUGGAGCCAUGCAGCUGGAAAGGUCGCUAUUAAGAGAAGACUUGAUUCGGCGCAGAGAUGUGCACUUCUUAGGUGGACAAAAGCAUAUAGUACCACUUCAACAGAGGCACUGCAGGUGAUUGCAGGUGCUCCGCCGGUGGAUCUCGUCCUGAAUGAAAGAGCCACACUGUUCCAAUGUAGAAGAGGAAGCAACAUUGUUGUGAAUGACAUCGAGUACACCAGUCGGGACUAUGAGCUAAGGCCUGCUUUGUGCGAACAACUUAAAUCCUACAACCGCAUAGUCUUAGAACCAUCAAGCAGGAAUACUGAAUAUUCAAUCCAGAUCUACACAGAUGGCUCAAGAGUGGACAUGAGAGUUGGUGCUGCCUUCUUGGUGAUGUGCAACGGCAGUACGUUAGUGGAGAGGCAAUUUAGACUUGGUGACGCAUGCUCGGUCUACCAGGCUGAGCUCCUAGCUAUAGACAGAGCAGUCGACUGGGUGGCUGAGAUGAAGCACUUGGAGCCUAUUAUAAUCUACUCAGAUAGCAUGGCUGCCGUCAACACGUUGAGGCAAUUUAAAGACACAAAUAAUAUAUCGUUAAAUAUUAAGAAAAAUAUAAAGCAUAAUGGUCUCAAUAUUAGAGUGGAGUGGGUUAAGGCACACGCCGGGAAUCCCGGAAACGAAAGGGUGGACCUGCUGGCGAAAGAGGCCACCCUGAUUCCUGAAGUGUAUUACGACAAGAUCCCCAUCUCGGGAAUUAAAAAGCAAUUAAGAACCUGCACCUAUAACGAAUGGCAGGAUCGAUGGUCGUGCUCCUCAAAAGGAAGGCAUACCUUUUGGCUCCUUCCGUGUGUUGAAGAGAGGAUGAGAGAUUUGAACUGGAUCCCGGUGGAUUAUUAUUUUAGCCAGUUGUACUCUGGACAUUGUAACUCAAAAGCUUACCUGAAGAAGAUUGGCAGAAGGAGUAAUGCAGAAUGUGACUGCAACGGUGAGACACAAGAUAUUAACCAUCUGUUUUACACAUGCCACAAAUAUGAAGCGAUGCGGCUUCAUCUGACUUUAAGCCAUACUCAGAGUCAUGAUACCAACGCUGAUAUGUAUACGGUUAUCCGAAACCGAGACAUUUGUAAUGACCUUAGGAUCUUCAUAAGGAAGAUUUUGUUGUAA